CGGGACCCGGGCCCCCGCCUCCCUGCCCGCGGACUUGUCCGCUUCCAGGCCCACCCCGCACCCGGGACAGGGACUGGGCCGAACGGAGCCGCCGCGCCAGCGCCGCGCCACCAGCCGUGCGCCUAGCGGAUCGGAGCCGUGCGCCGAACUGUCCUGCCCCGCCCCGCUCCACCCGCGAGGGUGGCCCGAGGCAGCCGGGAUGACAGCUCUCCCCAGGAACCCUGCUACCUGCUGAAAAACAUGACCAGCAAGUCCCCUCCUCUGUGCAUGUGCCCUGUAGGCUGGAAGCUCCUGGCCAUGUUGGCUCUGGUCCUGGUUGUCAUGGUGUUAUAUUCCAUCUCCCGAGAAGACAGGUACAUUGAACUUUUUUAUUUUCCCAUCCCGGAGAAGAAGGAGCCGUGCCUCCAGGGUGAGGUGGAGAGGAAGGCCUCUAAGCUCUUUGGCAACUACUCCCGAGAUCAGCCCAUCUUCCUGCGGCUUAGGGAUUAUUUCUGGGUCAAGACACCAUCUGCCUAUGAGCUGCCCUAUGGGACCAAGGGGAGUGAAGACCUGCUCCUCCGGGUUCUAGCCAUCACCAGCUACUCCAUUCCAGAGAGCAUCCAGAGUCUCAAGUGCCGCCGCUGCGUGGUGGUGGGGAACGGGCACCGACUGCGCAAUAGCUCGCUAGGAGAUGCCAUCAACAAGUACGAUGUGGUCAUCAGAUUGAACAACGCCCCAGUGGCUGGCUAUGAGGGUGACGUGGGCUCCAAGACCACCAUGCGUCUCUUCUACCCUGAAUCUGCCCACUUCAACCCCAAAGUGGAGAACAACCCAGACACACUCCUUGUGCUGGUAGCUUUCAAGGCGAUGGACUUCCACUGGAUUGAGACCAUCCUGAGUGAUAAGAAGCGGGUGCGAAAGGGCUUCUGGAAACAGCCUCCCCUCAUCUGGGACGUCAACCCCAAACAGAUUCGGAUUCUCAACCCCUUCUUCAUGGAGAUCACAGCUGACAGACUGCUGAGCCUACCAAUGCAACAGCCACGCAAGAUUAAGCAGAAGCCCACCACAGGCCUGUUGGCCAUCACUCUGGCCCUCCACCUCUGUGACUUGGUGCAUAUUGCUGGCUUUGGCUACCCAGACACCCACAAUAAGAAGCAGACCAUUCACUACUAUGAGCAGAUCACGCUCAAGUCCAUGGCGGGGUCAGGCCACAACGUCUCCCAAGAGGCCCUGGCCAUCAAGCGGAUGCUGGAAAUCGGAGCAGUCAAGAACCUCACCUCCUUCUGACUCAGACUGCGGCUGUCCCCAUUGGUCUGCCCGCUCUGCUACCUGAGUGACUCCCAUGCGUGGCUGCGGGGGUGCCCCGAGGCCAGCAUGACCAGCUUGGACUCCCCCUCCGCUCUGUGGGGAGGGGUCCCAGGUCUGGCCAGGUCUAAGAUGAGGCCAUGCCCCUGGCUGCUCUUGUGGAGGCCAGAUCCAGUGGGGGGAGGCCUUGGGCGGCAGGAGCCCCCCUCUCCACCAGCACCAGGAGGUUAUUUAAUGGGCUAUUUAAUUAAGGGGUAGGAAAGUGCUGUGGGCUGGUCCCAUGGCAUCCAGAAAAGGGGCAUAAUACAGUGUUCUGCCCACUUUUUAUAAAAACAAAAGUGCUGGGCCCUCUAAGGCCUAGACCCAGAGCGGGCCUCCCAGGAGGGCCAGGGUGUCUGGAGGGGGUGGGCACCCUCCAGAGAGGGGCUGCUACCUCCCAGCAGGCAUGGGAAGAGCAGUGGUAUGGGGUCCAGGGAGAAGGGGACCUCUGCUAGAAAAGAGGUUUCAAACCUAUCAUUAAAGUAUUUUUCCUAAAACGGAA